AAGCAGUAGUACAGAGGCCUUUCCCCCUACUUCCUGCCAUUACCAUACACAACUACGAGGAGGUCGGAAAACGGCAGAUUAUUUCCAGUGAACUAACAUAAACGACGGUAGAUGCACAGCACUGCCUCACGCCAUGACCCAGCAAGAGCAGGAUGAGUUUGGGGAAAGCAUGGAAGGAGCUGUAUCCUGGAUGCAAGCGGUGCAGGAGAGACUGAGGGCCAAUGAUAACACCCAGGGGCCCAGGGCAGCACUGGAGGCCCGUCUCAGAGAGACAGAGAAAAUCCAUGAGUCGGAGCAUGAAGGUCGGGUGAAGGUGGAUCAGGUUCUGGUGGCUGCGGAGGUUCUGCUGCAGAACGGUGACGAGGACACAAAACGUCAGACCCACGCCAAGCUGAAGGAGCUGAAAGCCUUGUGGGAGGAGACGUCCACUUACAUAAUUCACUGUCACAGCCGGAUCGAGUGGGUGUGGCUGCACUGGAGCGAGUACCUGAAGGCCCGCGAGGAGUUCGAGCUGUGGCUGGCGAAGAUGCGGCGCACCCUGGAGCCCGAGCUGGAGCUGCAGCUGGGGGCCCGUGAGAAGCUGUGGCAGCUGGACCACCACCGCGUGCUGCUGAGCGACGUGCAGAGCCAGGCGCUGCUGCUGGAGAGGCUCCUGGACGAGGCCGCCACCCUGCACAACCGCACCCAGGACCCCAGCGUGGACGUGGAGGCGCAGGAGGGCCUUCAGGAAGCCUACAGCCAGAUCAGGGACAAGGCGGAGGAAAGGGUUUCAUUGCUACAGAAAAUUGCAGAGGAACAUCAGUUGUAUCAAAGCUGUGUUCAGAAGUUCCAUGAGUGGCUGCUGUCAAAGACUGGGGAGCUCAACCAAUGCUAUGAAAUGGAAGACACAGCAAAAAACAAGCUCAGAGCCCUACAGGACCUGUGUGAGAGUGUAGACAGCGAGGAGAAGACACUGCAGCACAUCCAGGGUGUGGCGGAGGCCGUUAAGGCCAACACCUCCCCGGGGGGCACUGAGGUGGUCACCCAGGAGGUGGAGCAGCUUCAGCAGGCCUGGGAAAGGCUACAUCAGGGCUUCGACCAGGCACAAGAAGGGCUCCACUCCACGCUGCACUCCCAGAACGAGUACUCCUCCCGCAUUGACAAGCUCCGCAGCGACAUCGCCCAGCUCCGUGGCCUGGUGCAAAGGAUGAACAGAGAGCUGGAGAGCAAAGAUGGAGAGAAGACUGAGGAGCAGCUGGUGGCCUUGUGGAGAAAGUACAUGAAAAUCCGGAACACUCUGGCAGCAGAAGAAUUUCACAUUGAGCAGCUGAAGGCCCAGCUGAAGGAGCUGUUCCGCUUCUCUCAGGAUGCCAAGCCCCUCUCUGAUGACGUGCUGGCCAUUGUCAAAGAAUACCAAAGUGUGAAAGGCCGUGCCUUCAAGCUAUCGACAGAGACUGAGGCGGGUUUGAGGCAGGUGCUGCAGGACCCGCUCCGUGGCUACAACCAGUGGAGCCAGCUUGUGUCCCAGAUCCUGGAGGCGUCGGCCGAGGUCUCCGAGUUCUGUCACAUCGCUGUGCUGGUGCAAAACAUUGAGAAGCUGCUGAAGCACAGCUUCCAGCUGCAGGAGCGCCUCAGCCGGCUGCAGGUGAAGAGGGACCUGCUGGGCAGCGUGUUCGGCCAGGAGAAAGCGGAGAGCCUCCUGACGGAGCUCAGCGCCGCCACGAGAAACAGGGAACUGCUGCACAGCCAGCUGCUUCAGCGCAAGAGCCGCCUGCAGGGAUUAAUAUCAAGAACAAAGGACUUUGGAGAUGCGUAUGAAUCCAUCCUCAAAAAACUGAUUCUCAUCCAUGAGCGGUUCAGUGCUGCAGAUGUACUACAACCUGAUAUAUUGGCCAAAAAAAGCCAAUCUGACCAGCUAAAGGUUAUCAAGAAGGACCUGGAGGAAUGUGAGGCUCACAUUACAGCUCUGGAGACGCUGGUGGCGUCAAACCCAGCCAACAAGAUGAAGUUUGAUCAGCUCUACGCAGAGUGGAAGGCGCUGUAUAAAGCGGUUAGGGUGAAAGUGGGCGAGAGUGAGCAGAGUGUCACCGAGCACGAGACCUUCCAUGAAAACCUGCUGAACAUGGAGAAGUGGCUGAUGAUCAUGAGGCAGAAGCUGGAGUCCUUCUGCAGUGCCGGCGGGCAGUGGAGUGUGGAGAACCGGCUCCAUGAGGCAGAGAGGGCGCUGGGAGAGUUUCCAGAGAAGGAGCUCCAGCUGCACCAGACAGAGGUGCAGGGUCAAAGGGUGCUGGCCAGGACCUCAGAGGAGGGCAGGGUGCACAUUCUUCGGGACCUGCAGCGUCUGAAGGAGUCCUGGACAUCCCUCCAUGCCCUUAGUCUCAACAUCUACAGUUUGCUGAGUGGAAGCGGAGCUUCAGGAAGCAAAGACAUCUCUGUGAUAGGAAAGGAUUGCUAUGAUGUGUAUGAUAAUGACAGUGACAGCGAUGAAGUCAGAGGCAUAGCGGAGGAGCAUCAUGGGACAAACAGGGGAAUGUUGGUGGUGGAAGGAGGUGACUACUUCAGACAGAGAGAGUGGGAGCGCGGCGCCGAGGGGUAUUUGGAGGGAGCAGUUCGGAAGCGCAGUUUCGAGGUGGAGGGAGGAUUUGGUGUUCGAGGUGAGGGAGCGGGCAGAUGGGACCACCGCAGCGAACUGCCCCCGGCUCAGAACCUAGCAGGACCUGGUGAAGGAGAGUACUUCAGAGGGGGCUAUGGCAGUGGAUGGGAAGGGGAAUUGAACCCUGACGGCCAGUCUGAAGGUUGCAUUAGGGCAGUGGCAUUCCAAGGUGGACGUGGUCAAAGUAGCAAACGAAGGUAUAGGGAAGGAAGUGGUGAGGGCAGUGAGGAAGAGAGAGGAGAAAGCCCUUACCGAGGAGGGCUGACCAGGCGGAUGAAAUCCAGAGGAGAGGCUUUGGCAGAAGACCUACAGUCUCGACAACGACCUGCUGGGACAUCAUCUGUGGAUGGAUCAUUCCAGCACAGACUGGUGGGUUCAGAGGACUCUCAAUGUCGGGCGGAGUUUGCUGCACGUAUGAGAGAGUUCGAGGCAUGGCUACAGGGGGAGAAUGGUGUACUCUCCAAGAUUUUGAGUCAAAAGGAGAUUCCCAGUGCAAAGGAGCUCAAGAACAGACAGCAAACACUGAAGGACUUGCGGUCCCGUGUGGGCUGGGGGCAGAGCCAGUUUCAGCUGCUGCUGGGGUCCCGGGAGAAUAUGGGGAGCAUAGGGGAGGUGGAAGACCAAGGCUUGGAUGAGCUGCGGUACCGCUGGAUGCUCUACAAAUCCAAGCUGAAGGACGCAGGAGAUUUGAAGGCCAGUCAGCGCUACCAGGUUGUCAGCACUCCAGCCGAUGAACCUAUGAGGACCGGAAAGCAGAAGCACUCCGGGUUCCUGUACCGCGUGUGUCGUGUGGCCCUGCCCCUCCAGCUCCUGCUGCUCGCUCUGCUGCUGCUGGCGUUCUUCCUCCCUAUGAUGGACGAGGGCACCAGCUGCUCCCUCACCAACAACUUCGCCCGCUCCUUCAACAUCAUGCUGCGCUAUCACGGCCCGCCGCCCACGUAAAACACCCCCUCCACAGGUUCAACAGGACCUCCACACCCCAAGGUGCUUCCACCAACACACUGAUUGCAAAGACACCUUCCAUUUAAUAUCGGUUUAACAUAACAUGGCACAUGAAGAUGUUUCAGCUGUCCAGUUAUAGGCUAAGCUUCCCUAAUAAAUUCCUCAGUAAGUGAAGGAAUAAUAACGUAUCGGGAUGAGAGCAUGUUUUUCACAUUGUUAAGAAAACAAACGCACACCGUAAGAUUUCCUUGUUGGUCACUCUUCGCUUUCUUCUUGAAUAGACUGCUUCGCCUGCAUAUGCAUAUAUAUGGCUUAUACAGCCUAAUAGGCUUAGACUG